CAAGAAUUGAUUUAUCAUUUUUAAAAUAUAAAUUCUUCAGUUUCUUUUUCAAUUGUCUUCACCUGUAUUGGAAUGUGGGAAAUCAAUGUUGAGAAUGAACAAAAUUAUGAACAUCACAGAACUUGACCAACAACUACUUCGGUCUCCAACAUAAUUUCCCACUUUCCAAUCAAAUGCUUUGAAUCCCAAAAGUACACAAUUCUCCAAGAGUCUCCUCUCUUCAUUCGCUAUAUAAGUCUAAUACAUAAUGCAUAACCCAACUUUAACACACUUAAUCCCAGCCUUAUCAUCAAACAUUGAAUUCUCUUCACACAACAAACAUGGCUGGAUUAGGCUGCAGCCUUGUUGAUCUGCUACUCUUCUAUUCACUGGAGAGAGUGCUUUUCAACAGGAUGGUGUGUUCAAUGGGCAAAAAUGCCAUACAGGUGAAGAAAGUGAUUGCACUUUGGCUAGUACUUGAGGAAAUUGGCUACCACGACCUAAUUCGCGGAAUAAACUCUUUCGACAACACCACCGUUGAAGCCUUAUAUCUCGAAGCAUUGCAAUGCUUAGAGAGCAUACAACCAAAUCCUAUUCAACCAACAGGGUCAUCAGAUCAAGCUCAGAUGUUUUUAGGCCUCAUUGAUGAGCCUAUGAACAGGAGAUUCCUCUACUAUAAGCAUGAUUUCAUCUACAAGAGAUACGAGCACGUAAUGGAAACUGUUUGUGACAAAAUAUUUGGUGAGACCAACGCUGUAGAAGUAGAUGAGUCCGGUUUCAGGCCAGUGGCCAAGACCUAUGGACAGGGCCUAGCAGGGUCUUCCAGCAGUGAGCCCAAUGAGGCAACGAGUCAAUCCAACUUGAAUCCUGAUGCCAUUGACUUUAAUCCUGCAGAAACCCCGGAGGAAUUCAGGACAAUUUUCCUGACAUUUUCAAUGGGCUAUCCUCUAAGCCGUGACGAAAUUAUUAGAUUCUUUACCAAGAAAUGGGGAGAAGUGGUGAAGGAUGUUUAUAUUGAACGCGCAGAAGCAGGACAUGAUCCACAAUAUGGAAGGAUGGUAUUGACAAGUUCGUGGGUGAUACCAAGGAUACUAACUGGACAAGCAAAAGCAAAAUUCUUGGUGAACGGUAAGCAUCUGUGGGCUCGUAUAUGUGUGCCUCGUCGCAGAGGACGUAGUUAAAAAGCUUCGAGUACUAUUAAACAUUGAAGUUGAGAUGCAUUAACGUACGUCAGAAUGUGGGAGCAAUUACCAAAGCACUAAACUGUACUGCGAGAUGUAUGUGGCAAGUAUAUAAGCCAAGCUCUUUCAUGUUGCUUUUUGUUUUCUCUCUUUAUUGGUACAUUUUGCUCUUAAUAUAUAGAGAGAUGAUUCAACGAUGGCUAAAAAACUAAACCUCUGCAUCCAAUCGUUUUAGCCCUUGUCUAGC